AUGAGUAGUAAAGAUUUAAAUAGUAGUAGUAGUUCUACUCCUACUACAACUAAAGAGAAAAAGGAUAAAUCAAAAGAUAAACAAAAAGAAAAAGAAAAGAACAAGAUGAAGACACUACAUAAACGAUCGUUAAAGAAAUGGUUGACAAAGAGUAAGAGUAAACAUAUGCUCUUUGACAAGGACGCUGUAUUUGGUGGAAUAGACGAUUCAACAAAGACUGGUAUAGAGAAUAAAGAUCAAAAGAAAUCAAAUGAUAGUGACGAUAGUGAUAACUCUGAUAGUGAAGAAUACGAUAUCGAUGAUGACAAAUUAGAUUCAAUGAUUAAAACACAAGAUUCACAUCCACUUACACCAAAGGAAGUUGGAGACAUGCAUAUUAAAAGAAUGAAAGAAAGAUUCCAAAUUGAAAUUCAAUUCAAAUCAUUGGAAGAUGUUUUGGAAAUAGCUCAAGAGGAUAAUAAUCGUAUUAUAUUUAUGAUUCAUUGUGUAGAUUGGUUUAAUUUAUCAAGAUUAACAAUUGAAAACUUUAAAAAUAUAUUAUCAAAAGAAAAAGAUGUAUUAUAUUUCUUUAUAAAUCAAUCAUCACCAGAAUAUAACAAAGAUAAUCCAAUGGAUAUUGCUGGAAUACCAUUUACAAAAAUAUUUUAUAAACAAAAUCCAAUUAAAAUACAACGAUAUGGAAUAGAAUAUGAUUGGGGUUUAGACGAUAAGAUUAGAGGACAUUUAACUCUAACUCAAAUUAAAACAAUACUAGAGGAAUGUAGAGAAUGUAAACAAUCAGUAGACAGUGAUUUACAAUCUUACAACUCUGAUAAUCCUCCACCUUUGGAAAUUAAAUUGGAAUUUUAA